CGCCAACUUGGCUCUGACUUGGCGCUCCAGACUGGCUGUGGCCUGGACGGCCCUGACCUCCGCGCCUACCCUGCCUCCUCUCGAUCUGAAAAACAUUAAAGAUCAUAAACUUUAGAUGACCAAAAUGGAUAUUCGAGGUGCUGUGGAUGCUGCUGUCCCUACCAAUAUUAUUGCUGCCAAGGCUGCAGAAGUUCGAGCCAACAAAGUGAACUGGCAGUCUUAUCUUCAAGGGCAGAUGAUUUCUGCUGAAGAUUGUGAAUUUAUUCAAAGGUUUGAAAUGAAAAGAACUCCAGAAGAGAAGCAAGAGAUGCUUCAGGCUGAAGGCAGCCAGUGUGCUAAAACAUUUAUAAACCUGAUGACUCAUAUCUCCAAAGAACAGACAGUGCAGUACAUACUAACUAUGGUUGAUGACAUGUUGCAGGAAAAUCACCAACGUGUCAGUAUUUUCUUUGACUAUGCAAAACGUAGCAAGAACACUGCCUGGCCCUACUUUCUGCCAAUGCUGAAUCGCCAAGAUCCCUUUACUGUUCAUAUGGCAGCAAGAAUUAUUGCCAAGUUAGCAGCUUGGGGAAAGGAACUAAUGGAGGGCAGUGACUUAAAUUACUAUUUCAACUGGAUAAAAACUCAACUAAGUUCACAGAAACUGCGUGGUAGCGGUGUUGCUGUUGAAACAGGAACAGUCUCUUCAAGUGACAGUUCUCAAUAUGUGCAGUGUGUUGCUGGAUGUCUACAGCUGAUGCUCCGGGUCAAUGAGUACCGCUUUGCCUGGGUGGAAGCAGAUGGGGUAAACUGCAUAAUGGGAGUUUUGAGUAACAAAUGUGGUUUUCAACUCCAGUAUCAAAUGAUUUUCUCAAUAUGGCUCCUGGCAUUCAGUCCUCAAAUGUGUGAACACCUGCGGCGCUACAAUAUCAUUCCUGUUCUCUCUGACAUCCUUCAAGAAUCUGUCAAAGAGAAAGUAACAAGAAUCAUUCUUGCAGCAUUCCGGAACUUUUUAGAAAAGUCAACCGAAAGAGAAACUCGUCAAGAAUAUGCUCUGGCUAUGAUUCAAUGCAAAGUUCUGAAACAGUUGGAGAACUUAGAACAGCAGAAAUAUGAUGAUGAAGAUAUCAGCGAAGAUAUCAAAUUUCUUUUGGAAAAGCUUGGUGAGAGUGUCCAGGACCUUAGCUCUUUUGAUGAAUACAGUUCAGAACUUAAGUCUGGAAGGUUGGAGUGGAGUCCUGUGCACAAAUCUGAGAAAUUUUGGAGAGAAAAUGCUGUGAGGUUAAAUGAGAAGAAUUAUGAACUCUUAAAAAUCUUGACAAAACUUCUGGAGGUAUCAGAUGAUCCACAAGUCUUAGCUGUUGCUGCUCAUGAUGUUGGAGAAUAUGUGCGACAUUAUCCACGAGGGAAACGGGUUAUCGAGCAACUUGGUGGAAAGCAGUUGGUAAUGAACCACAUGCAUCAUGAAGACCAGCAGGUCCGCUACAACGCUCUCCUGGCUGUGCAGAAGCUCAUGGUGCACAACUGGGAAUAUCUCGGUAAACAGCUCCAAUCUGAGCAGCCUCAGACUGCUGCUGCCCGAAGCUGAACUGGCCUCUGCACCAUUCCCUUGUCCCUGUGACGGACUACCUGGAGUGGGAACCUCAGUACUUAGGAUCCAGAAUAAUUUUUAAUUUUAGUAGUAAUUUUAUUUUGUUGUGAGCUUUUCCCAGUGCUAAUUUCCAAAAAUAUUGUGCUUGCUUAAUAGGUUGUAUAAAAGUGCUUUCUAAGGAAAAUAUUACUGUUACAUGUAUUGCUUGCAAUUUCUGUAUUUAUUAAUGUUUUCAGGAAUGAA